AUGAAGAAACUUGCAAAUUUGAAGCCCAGCUCGUCCACCGCUGUAGACAACCACCAAAACACUUCCAAGCGCAAUACUCACAUGAACAAAAUGGCUGUAAAAAAACCUCCUAUUUCUACCGAUAAAAACUGUAAUUUGUCUCCAGUUCGCGAUGUGGCUAGCAUUGUACAAGUCUACCCUCAACGAUCAUCGUCUACUCCAUUAUCAGCAACCUCGAGUACUUCUUCACUUAGUUGUAGUGGCUCUGAUCAAUCUUCUGACGAAGGAAUCACUCCAACUAUUGAGAACAAGUCCAUAGCAGCUACUUCUACUGGGCGGGCAAAUUCGGUUCAGGCACCCUCCAACGCUCCAUCAUCUGGACAAGGUACAAAUGGCACAUUUGGAAAUUUACGACGGGGAAAUGACAGUACGUUCUCUUCGCCUGCACCUUCCAUCCGUUCGCUUACAACGACGCUCACUACCCUACACUCGGCCACUCCAAUAGCAGCCAAUAACCACAUGAGCAGUAAUCAUAUAACAAUACAAUUCUCACACCAGUUUCCUUCAUCUUCUCCGCUGAACGCGAUACCACCAUAUCUAGUACCUCAGAGCAGCGGAGGUCAUCCUUCUACUUAUAACACAGCUACGGCGAAUAACCUUCUCACGGACAACGCGUCUAUACUAACACUCGCUUCUUCAUCGAAAAGAAGAAGAAGAAGAAGGUCAAUGGAUACAGACGCAUCCGUACGCGCUCUCGCACCAUCAUCUCUCUUUGGUGGAAGUAGAGAAAGCCUACCCUUGAGUGUCUUAAGUGCUAAUAUAGAAACAAACUCCUACCAGGCACGCCCAAGCAUUGGAGGCCUAAACGAAAGAGGUAGUAUUUACUCAGUGGCAGGAGUUAACACAACUUUGGCGAGCGAGCGAAACAGCUAUUAUGCAGGGAAACAGCCAAUAGCACCUGAUGCAGGAAGUAUCAAAAGUGGGUUCGCGGGUCAUAACCUUAGCGAUAGCAUUGGUGGCAGCAUCGGGACAAAUCUAAUACCGAGCAGUCCUCUCACAAGUCCUCGCGAAUAUAUGGUGUCACGCCCGGAAGACUUGAGCCAAAGCGAGACCAUUUGCGACACAAAGGAAGAAGUAGUCGAUGAAAACUACAAGAUCCAAGACCUAGGGACUAAGAAUAAGGACGUAGAAAAUACUCUAGCCAUCAGUGAACCUGCGAGAUAA